CUUUCAAAUUGGCUAAAAUGCUGAACUGCAACGGACGUUCCCCCGAAUUGCAUCUAUCGGUUACGGUUACGGUUACGGUUACGGAUUUGCUAUCAUUUUCGAGUUUGAUUAGUAUUCCCGGGAUAAUAUCAUUGGGAAUGCAAUGAGCCAUCAACAGCAGCAAUUUCUUCAUUACCAUCAUCAUCAAGUCCAUCAGCAAGUGCAAUCGGAAAUGCAAAUGGAUCGUCGAAGUUCGGAUUUGGAUGGAAAGAAAUCGGGGGAUCCCCAGAAUCGCAAUAGGAAUACAGAACGUGGUGCUGGAGGUGUCUCCAUGGAUUUGAGGAAUCUGUGCCAGCGCAUUGAUGUGGAUAGCUUAAGAGCCAAAUUACCCUCCUUGCCCCAAUUGAAGUUGCCCAAAUCCUUGCCCAAGUUACGGGGUCGCAAGAUUUUCCGUAGCUCAAAAAGUGGCGUUGCUUCAGGAGAAAAUGGACCAGGAGCAGGAGCUGUUGCAGGAGGAUCUAGCAAGGAUGGUGGACAGCCGCAGCAAAUGCUUCAGGUGGCAGCACAGUCACAGCAAUUUAUCAACAGGACACCGCAAAGGAUAUCCACCAUUAGUUCUCUGAUGUACGAGGCCGAUCACGAAGAGGUGAGGCAUUCCCAGCAGCCUGGAGGAACAUAUCGCAGUGCUGGCAGCCUGGAUGAUGAUUACUAUGCUCCCAGCACCGGGGAUAGAGCCUCUCGACCCAUUAGUCCCAUUAAGAUACCAACAGCCGGGGGAGCUGAAGCUUCUCCCUCUGGAACUGGACAUGCCACUUUAACCCAGCGAUUGCAGAGGGGCUACAAGAGUCUCAGUGAACUUCGGCUGAAGCACAUCUUUGCCAAGCAGACCACAGUGCGUAGGGACAACAUCGAGGUGGAUCGCUAUGUGGAGCAAUACGAGCGGGAACUCAAGUCGGAGAAGCGGGCUCAGGCACGUCGAGAUCGGGAAAUAGCCGAAAACUAUGACAUCAAGGUGCAAACCCUGGCAACCACCCGACAAAACACCUUCGAAGACGAUGAAGUGGAGCGGGAACAGUUCGAGAAGAGCAAAAUCAGUCAUGAAACCGAUGAAAGUGGCAUGGAGGCCACACCACCUCUACCAACUCGUAGAAAACCAGGCAUAGCAGCCACCAGAUUUGCCAAAGUUCGCAAGCCUCCCUUGGAAAUGGAAGAGCAGUCGGUUGGUAAGGAUGAGGAGAACCAACAGGAGACACCUCCACCACCACCUCCGCCACGUCCCAGCAGCUACAAACAGCAACUGCUCAACAAGCUCCCCAAUCUGCCAAGUCUACCCAAUCUCUCACAGCUUUCAAAGACCAAAGAAGAGCGAUCCAACAACCAAGAGAAUACUUCAGCCUCCAAGAGUGGCCUAAGGCAAAACAUCAAGAGACUUAGAAAGUCCAUUAAGCGUCCAGCCAAGAUUAAGCCCAAGGCCAAAGCUGAUUCGGAUGAGGAAGAGGAAACCGCGGAAACGGACAGGGACAAGGACAAAUCCAGUGAUCCACCAGCCAAAAGUUCAUCUGCAAAUCUCCGAGCUCGUAUCAGUCGCUUUGCUUCCACAGAGCAACUUCAGCAACGUUGGAGAAAGAGCUUCAAGAGCAGCAGCUCCAAGGUAAACCGCGAGGCAACUGAAAAGGUAGAUAAUACCGAUUCCACUCCAGGAGCAACUGCCACAACUGGAGUUCUUGGAGGCCUCCUCCUAGGCUCUCAACUAGAGAAAACCCUGGCCAAGCUCAACGAAAAGAUGCAUCAACUUAAGUUUUUUCAGCGCUACUCCAAUCGAAACCAAGAGCCAAUGCAACCCAAACCCAAUACGGUGGGCCACGAGCCCGUUGAGAUCGAUGACGAUGAGGAACUGGCGGCCACCUACCAUCACAGCGAUAGCGAUGAGGACGAAGAUGAGGAUGCGGACGGGGACAGCGGCGAGGAUAUAUCCGCUGAGGAGGCCUUUGGCAAGAUCCAAGAAGAAGAGGAUCGCUAUCAGAAUUCACAGGAUAAUUCGAGGAGGGGCUCAUCAUCCCUAUCAGGAACUGCGCCCGCCCACGCUGCUCGCCAGAUGGCAAAGCUGGCUGAGAUUCAGGCGGCGUCGAAAAGCGGAGCAGCAGCCUGGAGCAGUGAAUCACUGGAGGAGAUUGCCGACGAGGACUAUCCACGUGUACUCAUCCACCAGGAGCACUCCGAUGCCUUUGAGUCCACGCUGAUUAUAGCGGUGGCCUCCAAGGGUUCCGUUUCCGUUUCGCCGGGUGUCAGGAACACGGGUUCCCAAACCUAUCCUGUAGUCAAGUACAGUUCUUCUGGUUUUGAACAAACUGCAACUGGAGGUGCUCCCAGUAGAUCACCUGGAGUUAAGGAUUCACCAUCACCCGAGUUCAAGACUCCUGCAGCCCAGACUCCUGAUGCCAGUGCCUGGUUACCCAACGAGCAGAUCAUUGCUGGUUUUAAGGAUCAAACCAACGCCUCCUGGCCAGCUCCUGCUCUGUAUAAACCCAAAUCCAUUGAUAUUUUUGAGGCAGCAAGUGGUGGAUCUGCGGCCUUUGCUGAUUUCGAUGAAGCCCUUCGAAAUGCUCCUGUUCUAAGGAUCAGUGCCGGCAGCAGUUGCGAUACCAGUGGCGAGGAGGCAGAUGACAGCACUUCCCGUGUCACAAAGAUACGCGUACAGAGUCCUCAGAUAGGCAACAGCAGGGAGAGCCUAAUGGCCCAGGAGGAGGAGGAUGAAGAAGAUGCAGAAGCUGAUGCCGAUGUGGAUAUGGAAUUGGAAAUGGAGGGAGUUCUAGACCUAGAUCUAGAUCUAGAGAGGGACUCCUCAGAGCGACCGCCUUCGGCAUCACCACCACCACCACCUUUGCCACAGAGACGUCCACCGCCACCCAAGAUUCCUGCAACGCCACCCAUUUAUGAUGCAGUGCCGCCACCAUUGCCCGUGAGCAAACCUCCAAUACCAGACAAGGCUCCAACUACUGCACCUGGUAUUAAGAGUCCUCCCCCUACAGUGACAAAGGAAAUUCCCCCGGUUAGCAAAGAAAAUCCUCUACUUGGUCGGGGCAUCCCACAAAGGAGCGCCUCAAUGUCACGACCCGCCAAGCCUCUGGUCAAAACCAGUUCCCUGAGACUCACCUACAACGAACAGGUGCGACCAGGUGAUGUUGGCAAGGUCAAUAAGUUAAUCUCACGCUUUGAGGGCGGCAGACCACGCCUCUGUCCCCGAAGGAUGCACAGUGAGGAGUAUGAACGGGGGCGGGAAGAUGAUGAAGCCGAGGAGGAGGAUGCAGAGCCACUAUUAGAGCUAAAGAACUUUCAGAAAAGAGCUGUCGAAUCGGUGACACCCACAAAUCGUGGUGUAAUAAUACCACAAAUCACAGUCAAUAACAAUAAUAAUAACAGUAACGAAAAGUCAACUGAAGAGGAAGGAACGGAGGAGGAUGAUAUCACCAAGAGUCGGAAAAAGAAAAGGGAAUCCUUGGAACUAUCAUUGGAUCGCCAGAACUCCAAUUGCAGCCGAUCGGAAUACGGAUCGCCAUUAUCCUUUCCAAGCAGCCGGCGAAGUUCUACGCCCACGAAUCUGAGUUCCAAUCCAAAUCCACAUCCCAUACUUAAUCCCAAUGCUAAUCCAAUUCAAAAUCCUGUCCAGAUACUGCAACAGCAGCGACGCAGCCGCAGAUCGAUGACCCGCGAUGAUGACAAUUUCUAUAGCUUCGAUAGCGACGAAGAGAACAGCUACUACUCUAUAAGUCCCUCGGGAAGCAGUCGCUAUGUGGUGGAGAUAUAAUCGAAAAACUAGAAAUAAGUCCCAAAAACUAGUGUACUUUUAACACAAAAAAAACACAGGCCUGCAUAAGUUUUGUUAAAAAUGU